ACCUAAAAAAAAAAUCUGUCUGGCCUUGUAGCUGGUACUAGCCGUUCUAAUUAUACUUCAGAGGUACUAGCUGUUUGAGUCACUGGCAAAAGCGAGCCAACGACAUUGUUGUACAGAUCUAGCUUGUAGCUAGAGGUUUCUCUGUCGUGAACUCGAAAUGUGGACGUGUAAAAGCCUGUGGAAGAAGUUAGCCCCACUCGCCAGAUCAUCUUCAACUUUGUGCCGGCAAAAUGCAAGGGGAGUAUUGUUUAACAAUGAGAGAAGACUGCCACUGGUUCCACAGGCCCACAUGUCCUCAGGAACUCCAGGGAGUGGAGGGGACAACAACUUGUACUACCUCCUAGUGGGAGCAACCUGUGUAGGGGGAGGAUUUUAUGCUUACCGCACCAUCAAAGGAGACAAAGAGCGAUAUCAGGAACGAAUUAAUGAAAUUGCUUCCAGACCAAAUAAGGUAGUGCCAGAACAACCAAUCACAGAGGCCCCAGGCGAACAAGCUGCUGAAACUCCACAAGAGAUUGCACCUGUUACGGAAGAUGCUCCUGUGGAAACUCCGGAAGUAACCCCUAUUGUCGAAGUAGUGUCCCCUGAAGUUGCUGCAGUGGAACAAGAGGAUCCUCCCACCACACCAGAGGCUGAGAUUGCACGUGAAUCGGUGGUAGAACCAGCUCCUGAAGAAUCAGUAGGGACGCCUGAUGCUGAUCCAGUAGUUAAGAGUGAACCAACACCAGUAGCAGGAAGCCUUCCUGCAGAAACAGCGGAGCUGCAAACUACGACAGAGACAGAGAGUGCUGCGGAACCUGCAACUGUUGCACCUGCUGAGGUCCCUGCAUCUACCCCUGUAGAGUUUCCCUCACACGCCCCCUACCUCUUGAUUGGCGGAGGCACAGCCUCCUUCGCUGCAGCACGCUCCAUCAGGGCCAGGGACCCAGGAGCCAGGGUAUUGAUUAUCACUGAUGAACCAGACCUUCCAUACAUGAGGCCUCCUCUCUCCAAGGAGCUGUGGUUCUCUGAUGACCCCAGUGUGGUUGACACCCUGCGCUUCAAACAGUGGAAUGGCAAGGAGAGGAGCAUCUACUUCCAGCCUCCCUCAUUCUAUGUUAGUCCUCAGGAUUUGGAGAAAGUGGAAAAUGGUGGAGUGGCUGUGCUCACUGGGAAAAAGGUGGUGCACAUGGACGUGAGGGGCAACAAAGUGACACUGAGUGACGACACCGAGAUCUCCUAUGAUAAGUGCCUGAUUGCCACAGGUGGAAUCCCAAGGAAUCUGCAAGUGAUUGAGCGAGCUGGAGAAGAGGUGACAAAGAGGACUACACUGUUUAGAAAGGUUGAAGAUUUCAAAGCUUUGGAUAAGGUCUCCAGAGACACCAAAUCCAUCACCAUCAUUGGAGGAGGUUUCUUGGGGAGUGAGCUGGCCUGUGCCCUGGGCAGGAGAUCUGCUGAUUCUGACCUGGAGGUAAUCCAGAUGUUCCCUGAGAAGGGCAACAUGGGAAAGGUGCUGCCGGAGUAUCUAAGCAACUGGACAACAGCCAAAGUCAAGAGCGAGGGAGUGGCGGUCAUCACAGAAGCGUUGGUAAAAGCUGUGAGCUUCAAAGAUGGUAAAGUGGAGAUCAAACUGAAGGAUGGUCGUGUGGUGAAGACGGACCAUAUUGUUGCAGCUGUUGGGCUGGAGCCCAGUGUAGAGCUGGCCAAGUCAGCAGGUCUGGAGGUAGACUCUGACUUUGGGGGCUUUCGGGUCAACGCAGAACUGCAGGCUAGGUCCAAUAUAUGGGUGGCAGGUGAUGCAGCGUGCUUCUAUGACAUCAGACUGGGCCGCAGGCGAGUGGAGCACCAUGACCAUGCAGUCGUGAGUGGCCGGCUGGCCGGAGAGAACAUGACUGGAGCCAAUAAGCCCUACUGGCAUCAGUCCAUGUUCUGGAGUGACCUGGGGCCUGAUGUAGGCUAUGAGGCCAUUGGGAUAGUAGACAGUAGCCUUCCAACAGUUGGAGUAUUUGCCAAAGCCACUGCUAAGGACACCCCCAAAGCUGCCACAGAGAAGUCAGGAACUGGAAUCCGUUCGGAGAGUGAGACCGAGGGGACGGCCAGUAGUCCUGUAGCCUCCUCAACCCCUGAACCCCCCUCCAGUCCCGAGCAGAAGGACAACUACGGGAAAGGAGUGAUCUUCUAUCUGCGAGACAAAGUGGUGGUGGGCAUUAUCCUGUGGAACGUGUUCAACAGAAUGCCCGUUGCAAGGAAGAUCAUCAAAGAUGGAGAGGAACAUGCCGAUCUGAAUGAAGUGGCUAAGCUCUUCAACAUUCACGACGACUGAGUCUUCUCUCCUCUGGGGAGGCUGAGCCUAUGCUGGGAGAGACGUGUGCUGUCACUACUCAUAAAGGCUUUGAACUUUCACAGUCAUCGCCAGGCUUUGGCAGACCCCACUAUGAUGAUGCACUUGAAAAGGGAGAAUCUCUGGACACAAAUCUACUCUGUACAUUUUAAUGUCGCUGGAAUAUUGUCAUGUUUGUAAUUUCUAUCACAUGCAUGUUUUUUUUCUUAUUUUCUAUUCAAGAUAGUGAGUAGAAAUGUUCCCGAUGUCGAUCAGUCUAAUCGUUCUAUAUAGAAUGAAUGCCGCCCCCAUAUCCUCAGAUCUAUUCUGUUGCGUUUUGUGAUCAAGGUGAAAUUGUCAAUCCCGGGAAUACAGGUGAUGGUGUGCAAGCCUGACAACAUACUGGUACAUAGAGGUUGUUUUUCAGUGUGAUCAGAGCAGCUCCUAUUGUUAAAGGCUGCAAUAAACAUGUUUUUAAAUUGAAA